AUGUCUUGGAUAUUGUAUAUUGCACUUUCUGUGGUAUUAAUAGAGUUUGCCAUUGGUCAGGAAGUCAUCUGUCCCUCCGUUGACGGAUUCUACCCACAUCCGGUCGAUUGUGACAAAUAUUACAGAUGUGUCAACGGCGAAGGAACAGAGUUCCAGUGUGCUCCUGAAACAUUUUGGUCUUCACAAACUUUCGUGUGUUCAUGGAAAGACGAUGUUACUGAUUGCGACAGUUCAGGCAAGAGACUUCGUCAGUCCGCUUACAGAAGCAGUAACAUUGAGGCCAAGAAAACUGACAAUGGUGUCGAUGGUGUACAUCAGGGUACUGGGGAACCUGUUACUUUAACUACUGAAGUUUUGGUAGGUUCUGAUCAAACCACAACUCUAGCAACUUCAUCAAAUGCACCACGAAAAUCUCGGCCAAGUACCACACACUCUCCUGCAGCAUUCGUUGCUUCCGGUCAAUCAUCAACUACUGCAAGACCCGAUGAGACAGAGGCCAAGAAUCCCGUUGUAACGACUAAGUUGGUGGAUCAAAGAGUUUCCCAAAAGAUUGAAUCAGGCCGUGUUACACCAAAGAUCACGAGUCAAAGGGCGACAACGAACUACAAUACAGAAGCAACAACUAAUGAUGACCAUACGGCUACCGUACAUAUUACAGAUCAUACAGCCUCGGUUAAUGUCACCAUCGUCACCCAGAAACCACCUCAAGCAAAUGCCAGUUCUCAUCCAGUACCAAUGAAAUUCGCUGCUCGAAGUGUAACAGGAUUUCGUUGUCCUAAAGAUAACGGUUACUACCCAGAUCUGGAUGAUUGUUCGAAUUACUAUGAAUGUAUCUUGGGUCAUGCCUAUAAAAGAAAAUGUAUGGUCGGCACCCUGUUUGAUAGAAUUCGACAUAAAUGUACAUGGGAGAACCUUGUACGAGAUUGUGCCAAACUUACAACUUCUACAGACUCCACGACCAAAGUAACGAACAAAAUAGACUACAACUUCCACUGCCCCAAACCAGAUGGUUACUUCCGGUCUCUGUCAGAUUGUAGAGUGUACUACCAUUGUAUUGAUAACAGAGCUUUAGUUUAUCAGUGUACUCCUGGUUCCUUGUUUGAUAUUCAUUUAGGUAAAUGUACGUGGUUUUCUCGAGUCUAUGAUUGUAAUGAAGAUGGUAAACCAGUUUCAAUGGAUGGUCGUAAACAAAAAGAGAAAAAUAUUCCUAAAAAGCCAGUUAAGGCAAAUCGUUUUAGAGUCACAAGGAUGCAGUCGCAAAAUACUUUAAGACUACUUUGUUUUGUGUUCAUGGUUGAAACAUUGUAUGGCCAUGGAGUUGCUAUUCCUUCAGUAAUUGUUAACCCUGUAAAGAGGACCACUGUUGUACCACCAUCUGCUGUACCGAUAUCUGUGAAACGGGAGACUGUGAUUCCAACAUCAGUGGCUGUACGAGCAGCUUCUACCCAGUCAACAGUUCCAAAUUUAUCCAGUUCUCCAUCUUCUCCCAAAAAUAUAGGAUCGGUUUUCAACUUUGCUUGUCCACUACCAAAUGGUCAUUUCCGGGAUUCCACCAACUGUGCUAUAUUUUACCAUUGCCUAUCGGAUGUACCGUAUAAAGGGUAUUGCCGCAGUGGACAUGCGUUCGAUACGGAAAUGAUGAUGUGUGUUGCGGCUUCCCAGAUUGCAGGAUGUGCUCCAGUGUCAGUUUCAACUUCGCCAACAACACAGUUCAUCCGACAAAUUAAUCCACAGGCGCCAGAAAACAAGGCAUCACCAUCGUCAUUACAAUCUGCCCUUCAUACUUAUCAAUCUGUUGAAGACCAUGUGAAAAGUGAAGAUACCGUGAUUUCCUACAGAAGUUUCAAAUGUCCUGAAGAAGAAGGGUAUUUCAGAGAUGCUGAAGACUGUUCUGUAUAUUACUUCUGUACCAAAUGGAAGGUCUUUCAACAACAAUGUAAACCAGGAACCGUCUUCAGUAUGGAGAAACUGACAUGUACCUGGCCCAACACUGUGGAUUGUAAUACAACUAGAACUGCUGCACCAUCUACUAUCAGAGCUACAGAUGCCCUGCCAAUACUAACUACAGCUAGUCCUCAUCGUCCAGCCAGUAGAGAUGAAACUCGAUCCACCAACACUAUCCGAUUAGAGAACCCAGCUACAGCAACUAAUGGUCCCACUACUGUCAUUCAACAAAGAGAUCAAGACUACUAUGAUUAUGGUUAUUAUUAUGAUAAUGAGAACGAGAUUGAUAAUGAUGAUGAUAAUGGUGAUGAUAAUAAAAACUUACCGGAUAUUAAUUCGAUCACAGAAGCAGCCUCUAUAUCGUUUGUUUGUCCACCGGUAUUUGAUGGUUACUAUGGUGAUCCGAUAUCCUGUACAAAAUUUUAUCGCUGUAUUGGCGGUAAAAUGUAUUCCUUCAGUUGUCCAACUGGAACAUUUUUCGACAACACUCGUUAUAUUUGUAACUUUAUCUCCGAGGUCAACGACUGUACCCCAAAUGGUAUCAGAUACGCCAUGAUCCAACAACGAGAUGAAUACAAGGAGAUUGAACCUAAGUUUCGACACGCUCAUUCUCAACAGAAAAAAGUUGAAUUUAUUGAACCUAAAUCACGACGAGUACAUCACGAUCAUGAUAAAGAUAAUCGUGGAGAAUCCUCUUUCGAUAGAAUGCCUCCAGGUUUCAAAGCAGUGAAGUUACCAUGCCCGUUAAGAGACGGUGUUUUUGGUCAUCCGAAGUCUUGCACCAAGUUUAUAUUCUGUAAAAAGUUCAUCCCGUAUGUCAUUGAUUGUCCCGGUGACUUGGUUUACAAUAUACACCUUCAUACGUGCGAUUAUCCAGAUAAUGUAAUCUGCAAACGAUAUGACUAA